AUGAAGUUUUUUCCUUCUUCGUUGACGAAGAAUGCAUUUACUUGGUUUUCAAAUCUUAGACCAAAUUCGAUAUCAAUAUGGGCUCAGUUGGAAACUGCUUUUUAUGCCCAAUUUUAUCGAGAGUUGAAUGUGGCAAUUACUGAUCUAGUAGCGUUGAAACGUGAGGAUGGUGAAACCAUUGAUGAUUAUAUGAUUUGUUUCAAAAAUGCUAGAAGUCGGUGCUAUGUGUCCCUCCCUAAAAGUGAAGUGGUAAAAAUAGCAAUUAUGGGGUUAGGAUUUUAUAUGCGUCGAAAAUUACUCAAUGUGCAUAUUCCUGACUUAGCUCAUUUGGCUGAAAGGGUUCGUCAGGAGAAAGUUGCUUAUGUGGCCAUGGAAUCCUCUCAUGAGGAGUCCAAUUUAGAGGCAGAAGUUGAUUUGUCCGAACUUAAGAAAGGCCCUCCUUAUGUUUGUUCUUUACUUAAGAAAAUCCCUAACAUUGAGAAGUUGAAUGAUUCAAAAAUGAAAAGUGAAAAGAGAUACAGUUUUGAUAUUUUGAAAUCUGAUCAGAUUUUUUAUAUGUUGCUUAAAGAUAAACAGUUAAUUUUACCGGAAGGCAGAACUUUGCUUUCGGUGAAAGAUUUAAAGGGGAAACCUUAUUGUAAGUUUCACCAAGCAACUAGCCAUUUGACUAAUAACAACUGUGUUCGUUUCAGGGAUUUAAUACAAGAAGCUAUCGUGGAAGGACGGUUGAAAUUUGAUGAUGGUAAAAAAGAAAUGAAAGUCGAUGCUGAUCCUUUUGAUACUGAAGCCAGCUUUGUUGAGCCACAUUUUGGUGUGAAUAUAGUUGGAAUGUUUUAUGACUUUGAUGUGGCUUUGGGGGAUUUCGAAUCGAAUGUUCGUUCUAUCUACCUUGAUGUGGGAGAUGGUUUAUUGGAGUACUUGAUGAAGUAG